CUUCAGUCACGGGAUUUCUCUUCAGCCCUCACAUUGCCAUUACCAGUUAUUAGUUAUCAACCGCCACACCUGAAAGUUAAUGCCUUGAUUUCGACUCUACGAGUGAGAGAGCAAGCGAGGCUAUGGCGGUCGGAAUGGGCCUCUACCUUCUUCUCUUGCUCGCCACGGUUGCCACCAAUAUCCUCUCCCUCUAUCAUCUCUCCUCCAUUCGAGGCCUCCCUACCGUCGCAACUAACUCCGCUUCCCCCGACGUCCCUGACCACCUCCUCCAUCAGCUCUACGCCAUCCGCGCCACUAUCUCCCACCUCACCCGCCUUCGCUCCAACUCCUCCUCCACUUCCGCCUCCUCCCGCACCGCGCCUCCGCCGGAGCUUCUUGUCUAUGCUCGCAUCGCCCCCUUCGCCUCUGCCUGCUCCGACCACCCCGACCUCCUCCACCGCUACAUGAACUACACCCCCUACACAGCCUGCCCCCACGACGACGCUCGCGGCCUCGCCGAGGCCCUUAUCCUCCGCGGUUGCCACCCACUCCCUCGCCGUCGUUGCUUCUCCCCCACCGCCCCGAACCCUCCAACCUCACUCCCUUCCGAUGCCUUCGCCCCCCUUCCCGACGCCGCCGUCCUCUGGCCUUCCUCCGCUUCCUGCCGCUCCUUUUCCUGCCUCCCCGCCUCCCUCGGCUUCGACCCCAAGGUCGAAUCGAUUCGUUUCCUCUCCGCCCACUCCGUCCUCGAUAUCUCCCUCACCCAGCUACUCAGCCUCGCCAGAUCCUCCGGCUCCGCCCCGAUACGCCUCGGCCUCGACGUCGGCGGCGGCACCGGCACUCUCGCGGCGCAGCUCCGGCGGCUCGCCAAUGCCACGUUGCUGACCAUCACGCUGGAUCUGGGGGCGCCCUACAGCGAGGCGGCCGCUCUCCGGGCGGUGGUUCCGAUGCACGCGCCGCUGCAGCAGCGGUUCCCGGUCCAGGACGGGGUUCUGGAUCUGGUGCGCACGGGCCACGCCGUGAACCGGUGGAUCCCGGUGCCGGCCUUGGAGUUCCUGCUGUACGACGCCGACCGGGUGCUUCGCGCCGGCGGGAUGCUGUGGGUGGACCAUUUCUUCUGCCGUGGCGGCGACCUGGACGCCGUGUACGCCCCCAUCAUCACGCGUCUCGGUUACCGCCGUAUCAAGUGGGCCGUGGCCGACAAGACCGACACCCGCGGCCUCAAGAACGGGGAGGUGUACCUCACCGCCCUCCUCCAAAAGCCAUUGCGAUUUCCUCUUUCUCUGGAAUCAAGGCUUCUUCCAACUAGAAAUUGAAGAUCUGGUUCUGUGGAAGAAAAGAGGUGGUAGUUCGACGUAGAACACUCACGGGGAUCUCCCUCUGCUCUACUCACCUAACGCGGAACGAUUACCAGGCGGUGAUGGUACCGCUACGUAAUUGAAUUCAUCGAAGCAAGCACCGACACUUAUUUUUAAAAGUGGGUUUAAUUAAUUGGAAUUGUUUGACUUAUUUAUUA